AUGGAAUCAGAGGAUGGUGAAAUUGCAUUGUGUGUGGAUGACGGAGGGGUCGGGCCGCGUCUCCUUGGGCUCGGCUUUUCUCAUGGGUCCCAGAAUCUAGUGUCGAAUGGUGGAAUGAGAACUCCAAUUCUUCCCAAAUGCCUCCAAGACAAUCCCCCUUCUAACCACAGCUCUCGUCACAGAGCGUAUUCUACCUCUCCCGAAAAUUGUUCGACAAGCACUCAUCUCCCGAUACUGCCCUGUCAACCUCCAAACCGCCGUCAGCUCAACCCUACAAAUAGGGAGUGCCUGACUCGGUUGUAUCUUGGAUCUCGGCGUACGCAGCCAGAGUUGCCUUCCCCAAACUUCACGUUACGCAACUUCAACCUCCACCUUGAUCAGAUGCUCGAAGUCAAUCCGCCAGCUCUAUUCUACGCUGGUGCCAUGGGUGAAGCUCUGGCCAUUAUCCACUGGGCCGCUCACGUUGACGGUUUUGACAUCGAAUUUGUUCUCGGCAGUGAGGGCGAUUCAGGCACAAGCUACACCAAGGACAUCUUUCUUUCCCUCGACCUGACUCCAGAUCAAAUUUCUUGCAUCUGUUCUAGCAAGGAUCUAGAUGCUGCGAUAAGAAUCAACUUCGAGCACCGCACCACACGUAUGUGGGUCCUUGACUUCAACCUGUGUCAUAUCUGGAACGAAGAAAUUGCCUGGGAGAACCCAGUUGGGUUCAUCUCUCACCUUGUGUACACGUGUGAGGACACGAGUACAUAA